AUGGCGCUGCCGGUGGCCUUCGCCGUUUUCCCGCUCAGGCGAGCUUUGCUCUCUGCGAGCCACUCGUCUCCCGCCUCUGCCUUCUUUCUCUCUUGGAGCGUCUUCUGCUGCAACACCGCAAGCACGGUGGCAACCUCUCGCUCGCGCCGUGCGCCACGUCCGGCGUCUUCUUCCUUUGCUUCGCGUUUGUCCGUCACUUCUCAUCCCUCUCCCGCCGCCUCGUCCUGCAUCAGCAGCGGUGUGUCGUGGCGUCAGCCGACGCUUGGCCUUCCUGGAGCUCGGAUCUCCGCGUCUCCCUCUGUAGGGCCGAGGGGUUCUCCUUCUGCUUCACAGCGUUAUGCACUCGCCGCGCGGUGUCGCGCUUCUUCCACCCUUUCUUCGAGUUCCUCUUCGUCUUCACCCUGCGCCUCGCUGGAAGCGACCAGCGAGCAGGAGUCGGCAGGCGGUCUGAACGUGAAGAUCGACGUGAGCAAAGUCCUCGGAACAGGCGCCAAAAAGUCGCAGGACGGCGCCGAAGCCUCGCCGCCCUCAGACCUCUACGUCCUCCUGUUCACCUGCAAACCGUGCGGAACCCGAUCCGCGAAAAAGUUCUCAAAGCGCGCGUAUCACAACGGCGUGGUAGUCAUCAAGUGCCCACACUGCGCCUCGCUGCAUUUGAUCGCCGACAACUUUGGCUGGUUCGGGGAAAGUCCGCAGACUAUUGAGGACAUUCUGAAGGAGAAGGGCGAAAAACUCCUGACCGCGCUCACAGCGGAGGACUUGCUCGACCUCUCCGACCUCAAGGCAUCUGCGGCAGGCGAAGGCGAGAGACGGAUCGACUCAAGCGAAACGAAGGAGCCGUGA